ACUUUACCACACACACGAAGCAGAGUUGCUGCGUAAGACCAGGGAUAUAUGUGAGAUAGCUGUUCAGGUUGAGACAUUAUGAGUGAAAAUUUGUUUAUGAUUUUGACACAAACCGGCGGUUCGGAUCAGCGCAACUCUGCGGGAUUUCCAGGAAUCGGCUGAUCCGAGUGUUCAAUUAUUUGACAAUUUUUGACCCGUCCACACUGCUAUGAGGGGACUUUGAUCAAGCACAGGAUGGAUCAUUCGGUCAAUAUCUCCAUCUCCACCAGCUGGGAUGGAUCCCCCACUGUCCCACCACCCAUCAUGUCCAUUGAUAAACUAUUCCCAGCUCUGCUUGAAUGUUUUGGGAUCAUACUAUGUGGAUAUGUUGCUGGCCGUGCAAACAUCAUCACGGCUACACAAUCCAAAGGACUGGGUAACUUUGUGUCCAAGUUUGCGCUGCCUGCUCUGCUAUUCAAAAACAUGGUACUGUUGGACUUUGGAGAUGUAAUCUGGCCGUUUUUCUUCAGUAUUCUGGUGGCUAAAGUGACUGUGUUCUUUUUUGUAAGUGUACUCACACUUCUGGUGGCAAACAGAGAGAGGCGAUUCUCCAAAGCCGGACUGUUCUCUAUAUUUGCCACACAGAGUAAUGACUUCGCUCUGGGGUUCCCCAUAGUGAAAGCUCUGUACCGAAACACCCAUCCUGAGUAUCUGCAGUAUAUCUACCUGGUGGCUCCUGUCUCCCUCAUGAUUUUAAACCCACUGGGCUUUGCUUUCUGUGAGGUGCAGAGAUGGAGGACUGGUGAACCUCACCAGCACAGCAAGCUGCGUGUGCUGGGUUUGGUGGUCCUUCAAGUUUGCAAGAAUCCUAUUGUGUUUAUGGUGGUGAUCGGAGUCAUUUCUCACUUCGUGCUGGGCCAGAAAAUCCCACCCUUCUUGGAGGACUUUAUAGAUGGUCUGGCUAACUCAUUUGGAGGAGCAGCGCUGUUUUAUCUUGGUCUAUCCAUGGUGGGUCAGCUGAAGAAGCUCACUCGCUCUACUGUAGUGGCUCUUAUUCUACUCACCACUGCAAAACUGCUGGUGAUGCCUCUGAUCUGUCGAGGGAUGGUUGAGUUUUUGGACUGUGGAAACACCAGCUCAGUGAACCACACAAGUCUGUCAAACUACGCCUUCUUGUACGGAGUUUUCCCUACAGCUCCUAGUGUGGCCAUAUAUGCAUCCCAUUACAAUAUGGAGCUGGAAGUGGUGACCUCGGGUAUGGUUAUCAGCACAUUUCUCUCUGCUCCCAUCAUGUAUGUGUCUGCCUGGCUGUUGACAAUCCCAUGGAUGGACCCGACGCCACUAGCGUCAGCUUUACAGAACGUGAGCUUCAACAUCAGCAUUAUCAGCCUCUUUGCGCUGGUGUGGAGUGUUGCAGUAAUGCUACUAAGCAGGAAGUUUUGUAGAAUUCCACAUAUUUUCACCAUAAAUUUGCUGGUGGCACAGUUAUUGGUGUGUGUGGGUAUGAUAGUGUGGAAAUUUGUAGCAGAGCAGGACAACUUUCUAGGUCAGGUGUUGACCUUUACCCUACUGUACGUCUCUCUCUACAGCACAUAUAUUUGGCCUGGUCUGAUCGCUCUGUCUCUGCUCCUGCUGAGGAGGAAUGAGGAGGUGCAGGUCAGGCCAGGGCUCCUUCUGAUCACUGGCUGGGGUAUUCCUGUGCUGGCCUUGAGUGUCCUUCUCCUGUCAGGGGAAAGUAUGCCAAACACUAUCGACUCUGCGUUCUUUUAUGGAAGUAAACAGGUGAUGUGCACAUCUGUGGUGUUGUUUGUGAGUAUUGUGGUCUGCGGGGUCUCUCUCACUUUACUCAGCAGAGGCACACAGGAAUAUCACACACUUGAACACAGAUCAUCGUCUGGUAGUGAGGAGGAUCUGAGACCGUCCUAUGACACAAACACACAGAGCACUAUUGAGCAGCCUUCCACCGCAGGCAGCAUCAAUGCAGAGUGCCAGAUGUGUGAGUGCGAGUGUGUUCGUGAGCAGCCCAUGCCUGACAUGAUCAUCAGCACAAAUCCCAUAGAGGAAGCAUCCAUACAAACAGGUCAAUGUAGUCAGCGAUGUGCAUCCACACACUGUUUGUUGGUUGAAGAGGAGCAGAAGCAGACAGACAGACAGAACACAGACAUACAGUCAACCAGACAUGUGCUUGUGUGUCUGUUACUCAGCGUCAGUCUGCUCGCUAAUCUCUCCAGCUGUCUCUGGUGGCUGUUUAAUAAAGUUCCCGGCCGGCUGUACCUGGAGCUACAGUUCUUCUGUGUUGUGGCAAAUUACGGGCAGGGUUUCAUUUUAUUUGCCUUUUUCGGCCUGGAUAAGCAUUUAAUUAUCUCUCCGUUCAAAAAAAGGUUGAUGAGCCUGUGGCAGGGUUGGGGUCAGGGGGUCACAGGCUCUGCUGGCUCAGAGGAGAUCAGACUGACCUGCAGUCAGUUCCUCACAUAUCAUAAGGAGCAGUGCAUCAGAGAUAUUGUUCACAAGAAGAGGUGUGGAGAGCGCUGCAUCACACAGACGUUUCUGGGCAACGACAUGGUUCGAUGGCUGCAGAGCGUAGGAUUGGCCAGUGACCAGGGAGAGGCGCUAGCGUACGGCUCACGUCUGCUCGAGGGUGGAGUCAUUCAGCACAUCACCCAUGAGCACGGCUUCCAGGACGAAGCCUUGCACUACCUCUUCACAUAGAGGAGACGAGAUGUUUGCAAAGGCCGGCAAACAGAUAGGUUGAUAAAGCGUUUUGGCUAUUGAGCACCAUUCAUCGGAAGUAUUUAUCCUCUAGUUGGUUAAAAUGAUGCUCUUGAACCACAUGGCCUUUACCUACCUCACAUACAUGAUGGAAAAGGGACUAUCGGUACCUGUUACGACUGCCUGACAACUCAUUUCACAUUUUUAUAUAAAGUGAUAGUUCACCCAAAAAU